GGAAGUUUCCCAAAAGAAAAAAAAUCCUCUUUAAAGCCUUGGAAGAACAUGAAUGUGGGGGACCCUUUUGCUUAGAACAUGCCAUUGGCAUUUCUCUCGUUUCCCUGAACAAAACGUAUUGAAAAAUCCCAUUAUACUUUAGCAACUGGAUUCAAAUCUACAGACUUCAACAAGUCUGUGUAUGCCUAGUUAGUGUGGUUCAGGCAUGCAAAACCAGAAACAUUCCUCAAGCACCUUUUGAGCUAAGACGACAUGGUACUUUUGAGUGCUUCCAAGAUUUAUCUGCUGAUUUAUAUUUUAUCCAGAGGACAUUUUACAGAAGCUUUACAAGACAUUAGCAAAUACAUAAAAUGCCAUGAAGGCCUGUCUUAUGACCGAGAGCUCAUAAAACAACAGCACCAGCGCAUCAGACGUGAGACACAUCCAAACAAACAAGAGCUUCUUCUAGACUUCAACGCCUUUCAAAGGGAAUUCCACCUGCGUCUCAAGCCAGAUGUAAAUAGCUUCACAGAAGAUUUCAAGAUCCAGUCAGAAGAUGAAACUCAGAUGGUGGAUCUAUCUCACAUAUACUCAGGAGCACUAAAAGAUGAGAAGGAAUCCUCAUGUCAAGGGUCUGUUCUUGAGGGUCAGUUUGAGGGCUCCAUUACAACAGCCAAUGGGACGUUCUACGUCGAGCCCACUGACAGAUACACCACCUCCAACACUGACCACCAUUCCAUUAUUUAUCACGAGGAUGAUGUUGUGAAAUCUUCUCCAUCUUGUGACCCACACCAGAUACCGGUGUCCAGGUCAAAGCGGAAGGUCGACCAGUCCAAAACCAGCUGUCUUCUGCACCUCCAUGCAGACCACCGCUUCUACAAACGCUUUGGAAGUGUUGAAGCUGUUGUGGCUCAGGUUGCCUCCUACAUGAAAGCAGUAAACGACAUUUAUGACAAAGCUGACUUUGAGGGCAUAGAGCUGGUCAACUUCAAAGUGAAAUUCCUCACUGUGAUCACAGAGGAAGAUCCCAGCAGUCCCUUGGGCAAGACUCACAUUGGGCCUGAGAAGCUGUUAAGUCUGUUUUCCGAGAUGAACUGGAGCAACUACUGCCUAUCUUAUCUCCUGACCAACAGAGACUUCAGCGGGGUUCUUGGUCUGGCCUGGGAAGGAAAAACAGAUAACUGGGGAGGAAUCUGCUCUGAAAUGAUUUUGAAGGGUGGUCGCAAUUCCAGCCAUAACACAGGUCUAAUCACUCUUCAGAACUAUGGCUACUACCUUUCUCCCAAACAUGUGCACCUGACCUUCGCCCAUGAGUUGGGCCAUAGUCUUGGAGCCCCUCACGAUGAGGGUUCUGACUGUGGAGGCCUGGAGAUCACCGAUGGCAAAGGCAGGUUCUUGAUGUUCCCUCAAGCCUCAUACAAGAUCGAGGAGAACAGCGACAAGUUCUCCCCCUGCAGCCUGCGACAGAUGAGUCACAUUCUGAAUAUCAAUAAGGACAAAUGCUUUGUAGUUAGUGAGCAGCCCAUUUGUGGAAACCGUAUCGUAGAAGAGGGGGAAGAAUGUGACGUGGGCCAUAAUGAAAGUGAUCCAUGCUGUUACAGCUCGAAGGAACCUGCAGGCAUUGAAUGUCGACUGAAGCCUGACAAACAAUGCAGUCCUAGCCAGGGUCUGUGCUGCAGCUCCCAUUGUGUCUUCAAGGAAGCUGGGCUGAUGUGUGAACGCCAAUCUGAGUGUCGCAACCGAAGUGUAUGCACCGGUUCCUCUGCUGUAUGUCCAGAACCCGCCGCCAAGCCAGACAUGACAAUAUGCAGUGAUGGUACACGUGUUUGUUUUGAUGGGGAAUGUGGCCUGUCUCUCUGUGCGUUGUAUGACAUGGUGCAAUGUGACUGCCUGGGAGAGAACAAGAUGGAGAAGUGCCACAUGUGCUGCCAGCAGAGAGAUAAACCUAAUACCUGCGCAAGCACCACUUCUUCGGUUCUUUUGCACUACUUUAGCGGGAAACGUGUGGCUUUAGUUCCUGGGGCGCCCUGCUCUGGAAACCGAGGUUACUGUGACAGGUUCAAAGUGUGCCGAAUCCUAGACGCAGACGGCCCAAUUGCAAGGCUUAAGAAUUCAUUCUUGAAACUGGAUGAGUUUGAUGACCUGGCUGGUUGGAUGAAGGCUUAUUGGUGGGCGAUACUUCUAGGUAUUCUCGCCAUUUCAGCAGUAAUGGCUGGAACUAUCUGUGUUUUUGGACAGCCACUUGAGAUUGAUGACGACAGGUAAACAUCUCUUCACUUGGGGCCUUCCAGCUGGCAAAAAACACUCCCUGCAAGCAAGAAAACAUUACUUUUGAGGCAACUUAUGAAUGUUCAAAACAUCUGACUGACAUUAAAGGCUGUCCAGAUGCACAGCUGAGAGUCAACUGCAUCUGUACAAACAUGAUUUGAGUUUACUUCGCCUCUUCCAGCCAUGUGUCUCACACCAUUGGUCAUUACAAAGUUAUUUAAACUCCAUUGUUGAUUUGAAAAUUGAAUACUGUCCAGCUUUUCAUCUAUAAAUCAUUGUGCUCUCAGUAACUUUGUACACAAUGUCACCUACGUUUAUUUCAAAGGAAUCCAAGAACAUGACAUUCCGAUUUUGAGAAAGCCGGAUUAUCUCAAUGACAACAGAUGGCUAUAGAUUCAUGGAAAUCGAACAUAGACAGCAUGUUUUUGGGAAUGGCACAAUAAAAAUACAGUAUAUGU